GCAAACACUGUCAUCAACAUUCUCCAUCUCUCUCUCUCUCUCUCUUCUUUGAUUGGGCCCUCUACUUCUUCUCUUCCUUCAAAUCUCAAAUCUCAAAUCUCACACUCCCUUAUUAAAUCCCCUCUUCUUCCCCUUCUUCUUCUUCACUCCAAUUUCCUCUUCUUCUUCCUCUUCUUCAAUCCUCUCCUUCCAUGGCUUCUGAUUCCACCUUCUACCUUCCCCCUCACUUUCUUUCCGACCAUGACAACCUCCCACCAAAACCCACCUCCUCCGCUCUCUUCCCCACCGACUUUCCUUACGACUUCACCUCCUCCUCUGUUCAUUCCCCUGUCGAUUCUGUUCUUGGCGAUGAUGACAACGACGACGAGCAAGACUUUCUCGCCGCGUUGACGCAGCGCCUUACUCAGUCCACGCUUCGUGAUUCUCAAAAACUUCCUUCUGUCCACAAAUCCCAAGCGAAGAUGGCUAUGGCUGGAUCUCCUCAGUCUACUCUUAGUGGGGUUGGGAGUUGGUCGGCUUGGAGUUCGGUGUCGAGUGACGGAAGUCCAAAUGGACCGUCUCUAGCGCCGUCUCCUCCGACUACCCCUUUCGGCGGCGAGAACAAUACUUGGGAUCUUAUCUAUGCUGCUGCAGGCCAAGUUGCGAGGCUUAAAAUGAAUACUUACAGAGAUGGGAUUAUUGGUCCUUCUCAAAGUUCCUCAAAUCUUGUUUCGCCCACGAAUAACGCUGGAUUUCACUCCCACCCUUCACAGUUCGGAACGGACCCUCCGAUUUAUAAACCGGACAACAGUUCUCACUGGGCGAGACGACAAGUGAAGGUUGAGAAUCAGCAGAUCCAUUAUCGUGGACAGGAGGUUUACCCUGAAAACGAGAGAUUUCUUCGUCCUCUAGAUAUUACACAAUCCGCUUGGCCUUCUCUCCAUCCCCAUCACCGGAGAUACCCUUCUCACCCAAGUACUCCCGCCGCACCCGCCGCAUAUCACGGCGUUGGAUCUGCCCCUAAAAAGGAAUGCGCCGGUACCGGCGUCUUCUUACCUAGGCGAUACGACAGCAACACACCACAAUCUCGCAAAAGAGCAGAUUCUCCCUCAGUUGCUCUGGUUCCAGCGAAGAACAUCCAGGAAUUGAAUGGAUCUAUUCCUCCGUCUAAUCGCCGCCUUCAGCCGAGCUACGAAGCCUUAAUUGCUCAAAGAAACGCUAUUUUCGCACAACAGAGGCUGAGCUAUCCCCGACUGGCAGAGAGAAGCAAAACCCAUGAGUUUCUUCUUCCACAGGAGUGGACAUACUAAAACAACACUACGUAGCUGAAAAAGAAGAAGUGCUUUUUAUUAUUUUUUUGAUUGAAGUGGUUUUUUUUAGGUUAGAGAACAAUAAAGAAAUGAAUUAAGUGUCCUAACUUAAGAAAGGAAAAGGAAUUUGUUUGGAGAUUUUAAGUUCUACCAAUUAGAUUUCUAUAGACGAAGAACAUAGUAAAAUGUUCAUGAGAAAGAUUGGAAAAAAAAAAAAGAAAGAGAAAUUUCUAGGAAAGUGGGGUUUUAGGGAAAGAGAGGGUAAUAUUGUAAUAAAUUUUGUGGGUUUUUUUUUUUUUUUUUUUUUUUUUUUUUUUAAUUGAAAUACAUAGCUAAUAUAGUGUAGCUAUAGACCCUUCUAAUAUAAAUAAAAUUAUUUGUUGAUUUAUGAGUAAAA